AUGGCGGUCAACCGCAUUCGAGGGGCCUUUAGUGCGCCUCGGAAGGGCGAAACCUUUGAGCUACGGGCUGGUCUAGUGUCACAAUAUGCGUACGAACGGAAGGAGUCGAUUCAGAAAACGAUCAUGGCGAUGACACUGGGCAAGGAUGUCUCUGCGCUCUUUCCAGAUGUGUUGAAGAACAUCGCAACUAGCGAUCUGGAUCAGAAGAAGCUCGUCUAUCUUUAUCUGAUGAACUACGCCAAAUCACAUCCCGACCUUUGCAUCCUCGCCGUCAACACCUUCGUCCAAGACUCGGAAGACCCCAAUCCUCUUAUACGCGCGCUUGCCAUACGAACAAUGGGAUGUAUCCGUGUGGAUAAGAUGGUGGAUUACAUGGAAGACCCGUUAAGGAAAACGUUACGAGACGAGUCGCCGUACGUCCGGAAAACGGCCGCGAUUUGCGUUGCGAAGCUAUUUGAUUUGAACCCGACCAUGUGUAUCGAAAACGGCUUUCUGGAGACGCUGCAGGAAUUAACUGGGGACCCAAACCCCAUGGUGGUCGCCAACUCCGUCCAGGCCUUGUCGGAGAUCCACGAGACGGCGCCGGAGACGAGAGCGCUUGUCAUCAAGCCUGCGACACUCAAGAAACUGCUGCUCGCGCUUAACGAGUGUACUGAAUGGGGUCGGGUUACUAUCUUGUCGACGCUGGCGGGCUACACGCCGACGGAGGUCAAAGAGUCGGAACACAUCUGCGAGAGGGUCACGCCACAGUUCCAGCACGUCAAUCCCAGCGUCGUAUUGGCUGCUGUCAAAGUUGUCUUCAUUCACAUGAAGCACAUUAACCCGGAACUGGUCAAGUCGUAUCUGAAGAAGAUGGCGCCCCCUCUGGUUACGCUGGUGUCGUCCGCACCGGAAGUCCAAUACGUUGCGCUUCGCAACAUCGACCUGCUGUUGCAGGCCAAGCCCGACAUUCUCAGCAAGGAGAUGAGGGUUUUCUUCUGCAAGUACAAUGACCCGCCCUACGUCAAGCUCCAGAAGCUCGAGAUCAUGGUCAGGAUAGCAAACGAGAAGAACUACGACCAGCUGCUAGCGGAGUUGAAGGAGUACGCCCUGGAAGUGGACAUGGACUUUGUCAAGAGAGCGAUCAAAGCGAUCGGGCAGGUGGCCAUCAAGAUUGAAAGCGCGAGCGAGAAAUGCGUCAACGCGCUGCUGGAUCUCAUUGCGACCAAGGUCAACUAUGUCGUGCAAGAAGUGGUUGUGGUCGUGAAGGAUAUCCUCCGGAAAUAUCCUGGAUAUGAGGGAGUCAUCCCAACGCUCUGCCAGCACAUCGACGAUCUCGAUGAGCCGUCGGCCAGGGGAUCUUUAAUCUGGAUCGUUGGAGAGUAUGCGGAGAAGAUCAACAAUGCGCAGGAGAUUCUGUCCGGGUUUGUCGACAUCUUCAACGAGGAAUUCACCCAGACGCAACUGCAGAUUUUGACCGCGGUGGUCAAGCUCUUCCUGAAGAAGCCGGGUAGCAACCAAAGCUUGGUGCAGAAGGUGCUGCAGGCGGCGACAACGGACAACGACAACCCAGACAUCCGCGACAGAGCGUACAUUUACUGGCGAUUGCUGUCGGGCGAUCUCGAGGUCGCCAAGAAAAUCGUCCUCUCCGCGAAGCCCCCGAUCACGACGACCGUGUCCAGCCUACCGCCAGCCCUGCUGGAGCAGCUUUUGUCCGAGCUUUCGACGCUCGCAUCGGUGUACCACAUGGCGCCGGAGUCGUUCGUCGGCAAGGGCCGCUUCGGGGCCGACGAGAUCCAGCGCGCAGCGAUCCAGGAGCAGCGGCAAGAGGCGGAGGAGAACCCCAUUGCUGCGUCGGUGGCGGCGGCGGCUGCUGCGGGCACGGGGGCGUCACAGAACAACAUUGAGAACCUUCUUGAUAUUGAUUUCGACGGGGCAGCGCCGGCCUCGACGGAACAAGGCGGCGGCAACAGCAACGUGGGCACGCCUGAUCGAGUGGCGAGUCCCGCUGGCGGCGCCGCCUCUGGUGCCAUGGCCGAUAUGAUGGGCCUCUUUGACGCGCCGCCGCCACAAGGGCCAUCGCCGGGCGCCGCGGGGCCUUCGGGGGCGGGGGCGGGGGCUGGGGCCGGGGCCGGGGCCGGGGCGGGUCUGAGCGGUGGCAUGAACGACUUGAUGAACGGGUUUGCUGAUCUCAAUUUUAGCGGCGAGACAUCGAACCAGCCCCUGCCAGCAGCUAUGCAACUGCACCAGCAGUCGGGGGUGACAAGUACAAGCGGGGAACAAAAGAAGACGACGGAAGAUCUUCUGGGGCUGUUUUAG